AUGUCAAGAAUUCAAAGUAGACUACCCUCAAUUCCAGUGCGAACGCCCAAGAAUCGAUUCCAAGCCAAAGAGGAAGAAGCCAGCCGAACAGGACAACGCGUGACCCUACCAACGCUAGACAAUAUGACUGGCACACUUCGAUUUGUGGGUUCAGUGGAUGGUAAGCCUGGCAUCUUUGCUGGUAUUGAGCUUGACGAGAAAGGGAAAGGAAAGAAUGAUGGCAGUGUUCAGGGCAAGAGAUAUUUCACAUGUCCAGCCAAAUCAGGUCUGUUUAUUGCAGUAGAAAAGGUUGUCAUACAUUCGCCUCCUUUGCCAGCAGCAGCGAAACCAUCGUCCUCAGUCACCCCUCCUACCACGCGUCGAUCCAAUUUACCGUUAACGAGAAAUGGCUCUGGAAGCUCCAGUGUGAGAUUAAGUGCAUCCACUUCCACAUCAACCAGGAAAUCACAUACCUUGCGCACGUCAACCAUACCCAAGACCAAAUCGCCGUCGUCUCCUGCUCCACCCGCUACAAACAACUCGACGGGUGCUGUAUCUACCCUUUCUGCUUCUGCUUCUGCUGCUACUGUUACUUCAGCCGCUACUACCUCAACAUCUUCCACCUCUUCAUUACCCGCAAUUAACAAGAAAUCAACUCCUACUCCGCCUCCCAUCACUCAAACUCCAAAGAAGCAAACGCCAAUUCCACCUACACCCACUCCUCCACCCGUAACGCCAUCACCUGUACUUAGCCAGCGACAAACAGAGCAGCAAGAUACAACCGAUCAGCUCUACGAGAUGCUGGAAAAGACUCAAAGAGAAAGAGAUCAACUGCUGAUGCAAAUGAAGAGCAAAGAGACUGCAUGGGAGCGAUUGGUGUCGUCUAAAGAAAGCCUCUCGUUGCAGGUACAAGAAGGUGAAAGUCAAUGCCAACGCUUAUCUAGGGAAUUGGAGCAGGCACAAUUGACAGUAGAACAGCUACAGCACAAUUUAGCCGAACGCGAUGCAUCACUAGCCAAAAAUCAAAGAGACGAAGAAAAGCAAUCUCAAGAUCAGCGGCGCAUUGAGCGACUAGAGAACUUGGUGCGCGAAUUACAGAAUCAACUUCAAGCGACCAAAGAUGAGCAAUUGCGGUUGAAUAGAGAACAUGCCGGCACUGUGGAGCAAGUGAGAAAGGAAGCAUCAGCAAGUGAAGCUACGGCAGCGUCAUUAGAGAAGGAAUGUGAGGAACUGAGAAGAGCUGGAUUAGAAGCAAUCCAUGCUUAUGAGGAAUCGGUCAUUCAAUUGAAGCAACAGCACGAGUUGGAUUUACAACAAAAGGACCAGCACAUUCAGCAAUUAGAUUACACGAUUGCAGAUUUGAAAUACAAGCAAAGUACCUUAUUUGAUGACGAUGAACGAGAUAUCGAAACACGACUCAACGAGAUGAGCCGUGGCCAUACAAAUGCCCUUAGCACAGAAAUUGGUGCUAGCACGGAUGAAGCAGAUCAAAGACACCGAUUAGAAGAGCAGCUUGAAUUGGCAAUGGCAGAACUGGAUAACGAAAGACUCACCAUUGUCACCAUGGGACAUGAGGUGGAUCAGUUGAAGCUGGAGCUCAAUCAAGCCAGGCAGCAGACGCUCUCUGUUGAGCAAAAGUUUGAAAGCUUGCAAGCUGAUUUCGAGAGGGAAUUGGCUGAUAAGAAGCGACUCAUUGAAGAGGCUGACAACGCAUUCGAAGCACAAGCUAAGGCAGAAGACGAGCACUAUCAAAUGAAAUUGUCCAAGAUGGCACUGGAGAAGGAAAAUGCCGAAUUGAUUGAAUCAAAUAAGCAGCUGGAGCAAGAUUUUAACAAUUUAAUGGAUGAAAUGCUGGCUCUUGAAAAGCAAGAUUUAAAGAGGCCCUUAAGCAACAUUGAAGGAGGUGGAUUAGCAACUGCUCAAGCAGCCCACGGCAACGACAAGGAAUUGCAAGAGAAAAUACAGCAAUUGGAGAAAGAAAACGAAACGCAUAGACACAGUUUAUCAGCAGAAAAGAAUCAAGUAAAUCAACUAAGCAAGGAUUUGGCAGAACUAGAGUCUUUGGUCGAAAGCCGAGUGUUUAGCGAAGCGGAUUUAGAGGAAAAACUGGAAGCAGAAAGAAAGAAGGUGGCAAGCUUACAAAGAGAGCUACAGGACCUCAAGAAUCAGACUAAUGAAAGUCUGAAAAACUUUCUCAUAUCGCCGACCAACACAAUGACAACCACAUCCCCCACGCCUCCACCAGCAAGUACUGCUCAAUCCAAAUCCAAGGCUCAUCUAAACGAAGACUACUGCGAGCUAUGUGAUAACUACGGACAUGACGUUUUGCAAUGUAAAUCUGACCUAUCUUUAGGGAAGUAUUGCGAUAAUUGCGAUGAUGUGGGUGAUCAUACUACUGAAGAUUGCCCCAACCAAGAUGAAACCUUUUAA